CGAGUCCAUCAGUGUACCGUCGGCCCGGCCGGCAAGGUGCCGCUCUCUCCCACCGCUGUUCGUCUCGCCUCCUCCAUCCCGUCCUGCUUUGCGGCGCAGGGGCAAGAUGGCUGCUGAGAAGCAAGUCCCGGGCGGUGGUGGUGGCAGUGGCAGCAGCGGCGGCGGCGGCGGCGGCGGCGGUGGAGGGAGCGGUGGACGCGCUGCCGGAGGAGACGAGAAUAAAGAAAACGAACGCCCUUCAGCCGGAUCGAAGGCAAACAAAGAACUGGGGGACAGCCUGAGUUUGGAGAUUCUUCAGAUCAUUAAGGAGUCCCAGCAGCAGCAUGGCUUACGGCACGGAGACUUCCAGCGGUACAGGGGCUACUGUUCUCGAAGACAAAGACGUCUCCGGAAAACACUCAAUUUUAAGAUGGGGAACAGACACAAAUUCACUGGGAAGAAAGUGACCGAGGAGCUCCUGACUGAUAACAGGUACUUGCUGCUGGUUCUGAUGGAUGCUGAAAGAGCCUGGAGCUACGCCAUGCAGCUCAAACAGGAGGCCAACACGGAACCCCGAAAGCGGUUUCACUUGCUGUCUCGCCUUCGCAAAGCUGUGAAGCAUGCCGAGGAGCUGGAACGCUUGUGUGAGAGCACUCGCGUGGAUGCCAAGACCAAGCUAGAGGCCCAGGCCUACACAGCUUACCUCUCAGGAAUGUUGCGCUUUGAACAUCAAGAAUGGAAGGCUGCCAUCGAGGCUUUUAACAAAUGCAAAACUAUCUAUGAGAAGCUUGCCAGUGCGUUCACGGAGGAGCAGGCUGUGCUGUAUAACCAGCGCGUAGAGGAGAUCUCGCCCAACAUCCGCUACUGUGCAUAUAACAUUGGGGACCAGUCGGCCAUCAAUGAGCUCAUGCAAAUGAGACUGAGGUCUGGGGGCACAGAGGGGCUCCUUGCUGAAAAACUAGAGGCCUUGAUCACUCAGACUCGAGCCAAGCAGGCAGCUACCAUGAGUGAAGUGGAGUGGAGAGGGAGGACUGUCCCGGUGAAGAUUGACAAAGUGAGGAUCUUUCUACUGGGAUUGGCCGACAACGAAGCUGCUAUUGCCCAGGCUGAAAGUGAAGAGACAAAGGAGCGCCUGUUCGAGUCCGUGCUCAGUGAGUGCCGAGACGCCCUUCAGGCCGUAAGGGAAGAGCUGAAGCCUGAUCAGAAACAGAGAGAUUAUACCAUUGAUGGAGAGCCGGGGAAGGUUUCUAAUCUCCAGUACCUGCACAGCUACCUGACCUACAUCAAGCUGUCCACGGCCAUCAGGCGAAAUGAGAACAUGGCUAAAGGCCUACAUAGGGCCCUGCUGCAGCAGCAGCCGGAAGAUGAUAGCAAGCGCUCUCCCAGGCCUCAGGACCUGAUCAGGCUCUAUGACAUCAUCCUGCAGAAUCUCGUGGAAUUGCUGCAGCUUCCAGGCUUAGAAGAGGACAGAACCUUCCAGAAAGAGAUAGGCCUCAAGACCCUGGUGUUCAAAGCUUACAGGUGUUUUUUCAUUGCUCAGUCCUAUGUGCUGGUGAAGAAGUGGAGUGAAGCCCUCGUCCUCUAUGACAGAGUUCUGAAAUAUGCAAAUGAAGUUAGUUCUGAUGGGGAGGCCUUCAAGAACAGCCUGAAGGACCUGCCUGAUGUGCAAGAGCUCAUCACUCAAGUACGGUCAGAGAAGUGUUCGCUGCAGGCUGCAGCCAUCCUGGAUGCAAACGACUCCCACCAAACAGAGACCUCCUCCCAAGUCAAAGACACUACGCCUCUGGUUGAAAGGUUUGAGACCUUUUGCCUGGAUCCUUCCCUCGUCACCAAGCAAGCCAACCUCGUGCACUUUCCACCAGGGUUCCAGCCCAUCCCUUGCAAGCCUUUGUUCUUUGACCUGGCCCUCAACCAUGUGGCCUUCCCACCCCUUGAGGACAAGUUGGAGCAGAAGACCAAGAGUGGCCUCACAGGCUAUAUCAAGGGCAUUUUUGGAUUCAGGAGCUAACCAGGCUCUUCCUCAGGGGCAGGGAGGUCCUGACUUACUCUGUAUUGUGAGACAGGCCGGGCACGUUCCAUGGCAUUAAAUCCAGGUCUGCAUUGGCUGGGGACAGAGCUCAGCACCCUCAGCCCUCUGUCCUUACAUCUUGUGUGUUUGUGACUUACUUUUGUAACCUGUCAUCUUCUGGGCCCAGAAUUGGGGUCUCUCUGUCCCCUGUGCCUCCUGGGGACUGCUGCUGUCCUGGUCCUUGUAAGCCAUGGCUGAUCAGUUUUGGUCAGUAUGAGUUUGGGGGUCCACACCAGGCUUGGGGGGCUUGGGAGUGUUUGUCAUGUGUCCUCAGUCCCAUGGAUUUGAAAUGAACUCCUUGCUGUGAGCGUCCAGAAUCCCCUGAAGUUUGUCAAUGACUGAAACGUGGGCAGCGUCACCCAGAGUUAUGGUCAGCCUUACCUCCUCCUCGAGAACAAGCAGAGCGCUCUAUUUUUAACUAUGUUACACUCGUAAAUGAUGAAACCAAAUCUUCUAUUAAAAGGCAAAGAUGACGGAGA